CAGUCAUAUAAAAGAAUGUUGGUAAAAGAAAUCUUUCAUCUAAAAUUAUUUUAGCACUUAUUUUGGAUUAUUGGAGAAAAGAUUCCACCCUAUGAGGUGAUGUAAUUUUGGAAUGUUUGGCGCCUGUGCCAUUGGCUGGUUGAUAUUUUAAAAUAUUGGUUUUAAACUUGCAGGGUGACUUUAAGUCAAAGGAAAAUUUUUGGUUUAUCCGAUUCACAAAUGAAACUCUGCCGGAUUUUUUGCAGAAAUUCAUAUGUUCUAAAUUGUUUCAAAUGAUUUUUAUAAUGUGAUUUCUUUACAUCUUUCAUAGUUUGUAAACUGUGAUAUUUAAAUUCUUUGAUAAAUGUCGAGUGGAUGAUAUAAUAAGUUGAGUAAUUGAUUAUAUUAUCAACGUAAUAGCCCGAUAUAAGUGUUAAGCUUCCGUGUUGGUAACACCCCGAGAUUCUCUGACGUCAUUAAUUAAUAUUUUAAUGACUUUUGGGUAUUUUAUAAUUAUAUUAAAUUAAUUUAGAAGUAGUUUUAAUAAACUCCUUUCAUAUACGAAUUUAAAUAUUGACAUAUAUUUAUAUUAAAAAUACAAUCACGAUUUCUAAAUAAACAGGUUCGAAUCAAAAUAAUUAUUUUAUUGAAAUGUGUGAGCACACGAAGGUGAGUUCUUAGUUGGGCCUCGCAAGAAGAUGAACCAAGAUAAACAAAUAAAUAAAUAAGUGUAUAAAUUAAAUAAAUAGGAUGAGUUAGAGUUUUAAGGGGGUAUUACUCCCUCCCUCACUCAAUUCACACGCCUCAUUUCCCUCUCUUCUCUUCUAUCUCACAUCCAUUUCCCUCACGGUUCAGCAGCAGCCCCAGCACUACCAGCCACGCCUCCGCCAUAGCUGCCAGCAGCCACCAAUAGGUUGCGUUUGCCUCCUCACAGAAGCAGCCGUGGCUGCGUUCUCCCCCACCAACAUUAGCUCAGCUGCACCUUAAAUAGUCACAUAGCAUUAUUGUGCCGCCAGCAACUGGUUGCUGGGCAUUCGUGUCUCUCCUCCACCACCUGGCAGCAGCAACUGCUGCUUUGCGUGCCCCAAACAGCAGGCUGUGACGCCAAGGCAGCAGCACCACGCGGCCUUUCCUCCGCCAUUUUCGUGCUCCACACCACCACACCACCUAUACCCUCACCCUUUUCUAGUUUCUCCAUUUGAGCCAUCUUUUCUCUUUUCUCUAAUUAAUUUCUAGUUUUAUUUGAAGUUUUAUGAAGUUUAUGAGUGAGGUGUUGAUUUUUGUGUUAUUUUUAUUGAAUCUUUUUGUGGGUAAGAAUUUGAUUGAUGAAUUAAACAUGUUUAUGACUUAGGGUUUGAAGUGUGAUUUGAAAUUAUGGGUUGUGUGUUGAUUUGUAUUAGUUUCUUUGAAUCUUAGUAUGGGUAGUAAUUAAAUGUUAUCUUUGAACACGAAACGAUUAGGGCUUGGAUUUAGAGAUGAAUUUACCAAUGAUGUGUGUGUUAUACUAUAUUUUGGUGAUGAUUGAUUAAACAACUUUAAAAGUUGUUUUAAGAUUUGGUCGAUUGGUUAUUAUUGUGAAUAAUUAGUAAUGGUGAUGAUGUUAGUUGACUAUGAAAGUGAUUUUGAUUGAUUAAAUUGGGAAUAAUAGUUACUAAUUGUUGUGGUUUGAUUGUUGUAAAUUACAAAUACCCUUAUUAGGUUGUUAUUGAAGUUAUAGAUACAUGAUAUUGGUAAGCCAAGAGCAUAAUGUCAACUUAUCGUCGAUGGUUGAUAAAGUUAUUUGUCGUGUUGUUUUGAUUAUAGUUCUUAAUAGCUUUGGAGAAUGUAACAAAUGAUGUCCUGAUACGAUAACUCUAAGAUUUGCCUUAUCGUUAUAUUAAUAUUAUAUUAAAAUUGUAAGAUUUAGUUGUGAUUAGUUAGUUUUGGGUGAUAUGCUCAAAAUUAGUUAAUGUAAAGAAACGGUUCACACAUACUUCUACUUUAAAUUGAUGGAAAGACUUAUGUUGUGUUGAGUUAAUGAUUUUGACUUGUAUUGAAUGAGUUGUGUGAGUGCUAGGGUAAUCGGAAACUCAUGUUGAAUUGGUGAUAGCGGUUACUUUGGUAUUUAGUUUGGUAUGGCAAAGUAGUUAAGGGAACUUAUUAGUUCUACUCAUAACUUAUAUAGGUGCUCAUUUUGUAAGAGGAAAGUAGAGCCUUAGUCGGGUGAUUUUGUGACUUUUGAUCGUGUAGUGACGCUUAUAGGUACGUACACGCAGUAACGAACCCUUAUAUGCAAUUUUAUUUAAGACAUUAUUGUUUAUUAUAAUAAUAUGCACUGCAUCAAAACUAUGAGAUACUAGUGAGUACGCCUUAUACGAAACGCUAUCGACUAUGAAAUCCUUGCGCUUAGAAUAGUUAUAGAGAAUGAAAGUGUUAGUAGGAGGCGGGGACCACCCCUUAUUUAUUUAAGAAUUAGAUUAUGCUUUAAUUGGAGUUAGAAUGACUCCUUUAUAGGUUAAUUUCAUAUUCUAUUGAGUGGCUGAGUGGGGUUUGGCGCGCUGCUAUCCCAGGGCGCUCAUUAAUAGUCGAAAGUGGAAGUUAUUCCCAUCCGAUAAAGUAUUAGAUUAUGAUUAGCUAGCGUGACUCAACUGGAUUAUGUCCGGUUGAUUUAUUAGUCCCCUAGGUGAGGUUCGACGGGACCACCGUAAGAGGGGUAUGAGCAUGCUUGGGUCAUUGGGCGCCGGAUGGCCGAUACCGCCCAUUGACUGAGGUGUUACCAUGCGGGCCUUGCAAACCCCAAUAUGGUGGCCUCUUCACUGGUUUAGUACCCCAGUGUGUUAUUUUUCCCGAAGAUAAGACCCGAGAGGGUCAGCUGGAAGGGGCAUGAGCUUGUACUUUGCCAUGGGCGCCGGAUGGCUGAUAACGCCCUUGGCCGUGUCACUAUGCCAAGAAAUGGAGAAAAAUCCACAGAUAGAAAGUUAUUUAGUGAUAGAAAAUUUAUUCAUCGAUCGAAAGUUAUUUAAUGAUAGGAGGUUCAUUCUUUGAUAGAAAGCUUACACAUUGAUAGAACGUUUACUUUUUGAUAGAAUAUUUACUCAUUGAUAGAACAUCUACUUAUUUAUAGUAUAGUUUAUGCUAGUGAGAAGUGUGCCUAAGUUAAGUUACCUCAAGGGUAUUACAGACUAUGAUCACACGUACCUUAAGAUAAACAAGCUCUAUAAGGUCGUGUGUUAGUUAUCCUGUUAAUGCCUUGGUUGAGUUGAUACUAUACGUGUUUUGCAAGAGUUUAUGUUUGAAAAGAGGAGCGUGAAGACCUGAAUUCUACCUAAGAACGCAUGGUUUGGGUUAGAAAGGACACAAUGAAAUUAAGAAGUAUAAGUGACCGAUAAACGGUUACUAUCUGUGCUUGCGUUUUAUGAAAUCAUCUUAAGUUAUUUUAUGAUAUAAUUCUAUCUAGUAGUUACUGACGUGUACAUGUUUGUGUUUAUGUUUAUGUUUGAUUGUUGAUGACUUUCUAUGAUUGUCCUGCUAUGACACAUUGGCCUUUGGUCUAAUGUCGAGCAGCAGGAGGAUCAUAGACAGGCGUAGCAGGUACUAGAGCUUCUUUUUGCAUUGCAUCGCAUUUGGGGAGAGUGAUGAGGGCGAAGCAUAACCGGUGUCAUACCGCUAUCUUUCGAUUUUGUAGCUCUUGUUAUCUUUUGUAAACUUUGGUUGUAUAUGUUUUGUUAUGAGGCCUUGUGUCCUCCCUCGUAUAUUUGUGUUUCCGCUGCGUAAUUUAUAACUCUGUAUGGUUUUAAGGAGUUAAGUGUUUUUUUUAAAACGCAAACGUCGACACUGGAACCACGAUCCAUGUUUAGCAUGUUGAUUUGAGAAGCCGGGGACGAAUCAUUCCACCGUGACGUAGUUUUGAUAGGUCGUUGGUGCCUUUACUUUAUUAGCUUCUUAAUAACUUUUUUUUUUCUACAAAAGCGCACAGUUUUAAGGCUGAUGUUGCCGAAAUUCCACUCACCUUUUUAAAGUUAAUAUUUAACGUUUAUCUAAAUUCUAUUCCUUUUUCUUUAAUGUAACACCCGAAUUUUCUCCUGUCCUUUACGGUUUUGGUUUCGUUAAGGGGUCGGAAAUUCUGGGGUGUUACAGUGUUAGUUUAAAUUAAUUUUGUUUAAUCAGAUGGUUAGUUUUGGGUUGUUACAGCAUUGUUUUAUGAGAUCUUACGCUUGCGUUGUUUCUUUGGUGUUUUAUUUCAUUUCAGGAUCUAAUCAUCAAAAAACGAGCACAAACUAACCCCUUUUGUUACAUACAUUGCUCACCUGAACGCCGAGGGCUCAAAGAAGUGAAACAUCAUGAGCCAAGCCACAAGAACAAGCCAAAAGAAGCCAAAGUAGACAAACUCGACCAGAAUUAGCUCGAGCCAAGGUUGCUCGAGCAUUUCAGAAGCCUUGGUUGUGUUGUUUAUGGUUUAAGAUAGAAUUUUCUAUCAUGUGUAGUGUCAUUGAAUUGAGGGCGAGACUCGACUUUUAACGAUGAUAUUAUCCUUACUGCUUCUUCUGAUGCUCUUCGGUUGUUAAUCAUGGCUAAGUUGAGUGCUGAAUUUGCCAUGAAAGAUCUUGGAUCCUUGAGCUACUUCUUAGGGAUUGCAGUGACACAUAAUGCUCAGGGCUUGUUUCUUUCUCAGUCUAAAUAUGCUGCAAAUAUCUUGGACCGUGCUGGUAUGACUGAUCGCAAAUAUACUCCUACUCCAGUUGCUACUACCAGUAAGCUUAGUGCCUCCUCCAACGCUCCUUAUGCAGAUCUUACUCUGUAUCGUGCUUUUGCAGAUGCUGAUUGGGGUGGUUGUCCUGAUACUCGUUGCUCCACCUCUGGUUAUUGUGUUUUUCUUGAGGACAAUCUCAUUUCUUGGUCCUUAAAACGAUAACCCACCUUGUCAAAGUCUAGUGCUGAAGCAGAGUAUCGUGGUGUGCUAAUGUUGUUUCUGAGACAUGUUUGCUUCUUAAUCUACUUCUUGAGUUGCGUUGUCGUCUUACGAAGGCCACCUUGGUUUAUUGUGAUAAUGUCAGUGCAAUCUAUCUUUCUGGCAAUCCUGUUCACCACCAACGCACCAAAGACAUCGAGUUGGAUAUUCAUUUUGUUCGAGAAAAGGUGAAACAAGGUGAAAUUCUUAUUCUUCAUGUUCCUUCUCGAUAUCAGACUGCAGAUAUUUUUACUAAGGGUCUUCCUAAGAUUUUUGUUUGUUGACUUUUGUGCCAUUCUUAGCGUCCGUAAACCUCCCGAUUCGACUGCGCGGUGUGAUAGAGUAGGAUAUUUUAAUAUUUGAUAGAAUAAAAUAUUUACAUUAUAUUAUGUUAAUAUUCCUAGAAUAUAUUGUGUAAUAUGUGUUAUUCUAGUUGCCAUACUUAACUUAUUCUUGUAUCUAUUUAUACAUCUCAAAUAAUAAAAAAGGCGAAGCCAAAACAUUCUAAUAGUUGUUGCAUCAUUAUUUUCUAAUAGAUAGUAACAAAAGCGUGAACCAAAAUGGUCGAUGGUUUGUCAUGUACGCUAUACCGACUAAAAACCAACCAAAAUAGUCUUUGUAGUAAACUUUUUAUAUCUAUUUAUUUUUUAAAACUUUUACUUCUCUACUUUGAACCCAUUUAGCGGCAACAGAAGAGUAUUGUUGGGUUGGAAAUCUUAGGUCGUAUGGUAUGAUCCACAAAUAUUCUAGUUUAAUAUAUUUCGUCUAAAUGUACAAAAAGAUCUUAAUUUUUAAUUAUUAAUAUUUAUAAAUGAAUCAAAUUUUAUAUUUAUAUAUAAUAAAAAAAUAUAUCGAAUAAUGUUGAUAAAAAAAAAUAUUUGUGUAUCUAAUGAAUUUCUAACUUGUGCUUUUACCUUUAAAAACUUUUACGUGUCGAUAAGAUUAACCUUUUUCGUACAUAUCAUACAAAUCAUUUGCACUAACUGCGAAGCAGAGAGAACAUACGAACACAAAUUAGAGAGACAGAUGAAAUCCAUGC